AUGGGCAUUAAAGGACUGCACGGGCUUCUCAAGUCCAUUCAGAAACCAUGUCACAUUAAGAGUUUCAGUGGACAAACACUUGGAGUCGAUGCAUAUGGAUGGCUGCACCGUGGAACUGUUGCUUGUUCCGUGGAUCUGGUCCUGGAAAAACCUACUAGGAAACACAUAGAUUUCGUCCUCAACCGAGUCCGUAUGCUUCUCUUUUUCGGAGUGAAACCCUAUCUCGUCUUCGAUGGUGAUAAUCUGCCCAGCAAGGCAGGCACCGAAAAGGAUCGCUACAGACGGCGCCAGGAAAGCAAGACCCUUGGACUGGAGUUACAACGAAAGGGGAGAACGCCAGAAGCUUACCAGGAGUUCCAAAAGGCCGUUGAUGUGACUCCAUACAUGGCCCGGCAGUUAAUCGAGGAACUGAAACAAAUGAAUGUGCAGUAUGUGGUGGCACCGUACGAGGCAGAUGCCCAGUUGGUGUAUCUCGAGCAACAGGGCGACAUUGAUGGAAUCAUAUCUGAGGACUCGGAUUUGCUUGUCUUUGGAGCAAGGCGGUUGAUUUCCAAAUUGGACCAACAUGGGGAAUGCAUUGAGAUAAACCGCGCCGAUUUUACUGCCUGCCGUGAGGUCAGCUUGGUUGGCUUCAGUGAUCCGGACUUCAGAAACAUGUGCAUUUUGAGCGGUUGUGAUUACUUGGCAAAUAUUCCUAAGUUGGGUCUGAAGACUGCCUAUCGGAUUAUUCGCAAGCAUCGAAGCGUUGAAAAAGCCCUGCGUAUGCUCCAAUUUGAGGGCAAUUUCCGAGUCCCAGCGGACUACCUUGCCAACUUCAAACAGGCUGAGUUGACCUUCCUUUACCAACGAGUCUUCUGUCGCAAGGCUGAAAAGUUGGUGACUUUGACACCACCUGACAAGGAUGUCAAUUUGGCUACCCUCCCAUUUAUUGGCGCCGAUAUGGAGCCGGAAAUUGCCGUCGGAGUUUCUCGUGGCGACCUAGAUCCAACCACCAAGGAACCAAUUACCUUGAACAAGCCCCUAUACGCAAAUAGAUGGACUCUUGGCAUCAAUCGCCGCCAGACACUGGGUAGUUCAUCCGAAUUGAAGCCCAGAAAGUCCAUCACCACGUUCUUCACCCCGAAGAGGACGCCACUGGCCGAGCUGGACCCUAACAGCCUAACUCCGUCUCCGAGCCAACAACGACUCUUGGAGCGUAAUUCAAACAACAGCUGGCAGGCUAAUGAAGCUCCCUUCCGCUCCAACUCGGUCAGAUCUACGCCUCUGAGAGCGUUCUCUGACCACGGCCCCAGCCCCAUGGUCCGGAGUGUGGAGCGCUCAUCUUUCCUGGCCCAAAGUGCAAGAUCGUCAGCCUUGCAGUCCACAAAAAGGCAGAGACUUUGCUCUGAGGUUGAAGGGGAUUCUCUACCUGCUUGCUCCCCUGCCCGCAGUCGCUUCUUUGCUCCUACUUCCGAACAAGCUAGCCCUAGCGGCCAAAAACUCUCCCGGUCAAAACGAUCACGAAAAUCGGUGAUAGGUGUCUUCUCUGAUGAAAUGGCAGAAGACAUAAUGUCCAGCAUCCCCGAUCCCAGUACUGCUCCUGGGCCUGCUGAGGCUAGUCCCGAGGACAACCUUGAGAUAUCUGGCAAGCCCAGUGAAGUUGAAACGGUUUCUACUCCCACCCCCAGCAAAACCCUGAUGCCCGAGCACCUCGAAAUAUCCCAGAAGAGCCCCAGGCACACCACACCGAACUCUCCAGGUUUCAACCAAGCUCUUGACUACCACGUUGACCGACAAAACACGAAUGUACUUUCCAAGUUUACUUUUCAAGCCGGGCACAAGCCUGACCCAACCGCAGAUAGCCCUAUCAUGACUAAGAUUCCUGCGAUUCCGACUUCUCAUAGACCUUCAACGCCCUCGACCUCCAGAAGCCCAGCCGCGAUUGCACGGAGCAACGUUUUUCAACGACGCCUGACACCGCUCCAGCGGAUGGGGCAGUCCGCUCUGAGUCGAUCUAACAGCAUCAACAUUCCUACUAAACUGCGGGAUGCGGAAACUGUCGAACCUCGGGCCGAAGCCCCUUCUCCUGUCAUACGUAAAGAGUCUUCUUUUGCGGGAACCCAAGGCAGUGAAGAUCUCAUUGUCCCAGACAGUGAGGAUGAAGAGGACGAGGAUGAACUAAGCACAGGGCCCCCGACUACUCUUGAUCUCAAACGCUUUUCUUUCGCCGCAAAUUAG